GGGGAGUGAGAGAACAGCAUACAGUCCACUUGGUCCCUAUCACCUAGGCGUCCGUGUCAGCAUCAGUACAGCAGAUUCCUUUCACAUCCUGGCACAACCCCAUCUACCCCUUGCACUCGCAGUCAGACUAGGCCACAUGUCUUCUGCCGCUCAGGCCGCAUCAGGUUCACGCCCUCCGGCGUUGGAUGAAUCGAUGACCUCUCGAGACUACUAUGCCGACUCAUACGCCCACUUUGGCAUCCAUGAGGAGAUGCUCAAGGAUCAAGUCCGGACUCUCUCCUACCGGAACGCUAUCUACAACAACCGCCAUCUCUUUGAGGGCAAGACGGUGCUCGAUGUCGGGUGCGGAACGGGUAUCCUGAGCAUGUUCGCUGCUAAGGCUGGGGCGAAGCAUGUUGUUGGUAUCGACAUGUCCAACAUCAUCGAUCAGGCACAAAAGAUCAUCGAAGUGAACGGGUUUAAAGAUAAGAUCACCCUAGUAAAAGGCAAGCUCGAGGAAACCGAGCUCCCGAUCCAGGAGUUCGACAUCCUCAUCUCCGAAUGGAUGGGCUAUUUCCUGCUCUACGAGUCCAUGCUCAACACCGUCCUCCUAGCCCGGGACCGGUACCUCAAGCCCGGUGGACUCAUCCUGCCCGACAGCGCGACGCUGUACAUCGCUGCGAUCGAGGACCAGGAGUAUAAGGAAGAGAAGAUCGCAUUCUGGGAUGACGUGUACGGGUUCGACUAUAGCUGCAUCAAGGACAUUGCCCUGAGGGAGCCGCUCGUCGAUACCGUCGAGCUCAAGGCUGUCGUCACCAACCCAUACGCGAUCAAGCACAUCGACCUGACCACGGUCCAAGUUAAGGAUCUUGCCUUUACCUCACCGUUCUCAAUAACUGCGACGCGGAAUGACUACGUGCACGCCUUCCUCGCCUGGUUCGACAUUUCCUUCGGGUCGAUCCACAAGCCGGUCAAGUUCAGCACUGGCCCGCACGCGAAAUACACCCACUGGAAGCAGACCGUGUUCUACACCCGGGACACGCUCACCGUCUCCGAGGGAGAGAGCAUCAACGGUGUGCUCACCUGCGCCCCGAACGCGAGGAACAACCGGGACUUGGAUAUCAAUAUUGAGUAUGAGGUGCAGGGCGCAGUCCCGUCCCAGGAUAGGAUAGAGUAUAAGAUGUCUUGAUUCAACCUCCUACAUUCACCCUGCACUACACUCCUCACAUAAAACCCAUCUAAUACGCAUCGCAUAAACCGGCAUACAAACAGGUACUGAGGCCGAGGAGUGAGAGCACCUAGAGCGAGGAUUGGUUAUGAUCGAUCAACAUGUCUUAGAUGUGCCGCGGGGCUGCGUACGUAAUGCAC